GGCACACACAUUUCGAGAAAAAUUGGAAAUUUACAGAAGCCUUCAAUCGACAUUCCUAUCGACGACCACCACGAAUUUGCGACCUAUCGACCAAAUUUCGCAGCCAUGGCCACCGAACUUACCGUACAAUCGGAGCGCGCUUUCCAAAAGCAACCUCACAUCUUCCUUAACUCUAAGUCGAAGACCAAGUCCAGCAGGGUUGGAAAGGGUGGCCGCAGAUGGUACAAGGACGUUGGAUUGGGAUUCAGAACCCCAAAGACCGCCAUUGAGGGAAGCUACAUCGACAAGAAGUGCCCAUUCACCGGUCUCGUCUCCAUCCGUGGUCGUAUCUUGACCGGAACUGUCGUUUCCACCAAGAUGCACCGUACCCUCAUCAUCCGCAGAGAAUACCUCCACUUCAUCCCUAAAUACGCCAGAUAUGAGAAGAGACACAAGAACCUUGCUGCCCACGUUUCCCCAGCUUUCCGUGUUGAGGAGGGUGAUCAAGUCACAGUUGGACAAUGCAGACCAUUGAGCAAGACCGUCCGUUUCAAUGUUCUCCGUGUCCUUCCCCGAACUGGCAAGGCUGUUAAGUCUUUCAGCAAAUUCUAAAUGGGUUCUUUAUCGUACAAGGGGUGCAUGUGGUCUUCGGGAUGUUGAUCAGGAGGGUUGUGAUCAUAUGAAUACUGGAAAAGCAGCAUGAAAAUCAUGUGCAAUAGCUACGAAAAAGUAAAUCAAUGCCACGACGUUCCCGACACAAGACUUUGCGCGAUUUGAAGCUUGGUGAAGUGGAUUGAUAUGAACAAUGAUAUAAUUUCAAAAAAACAAGCUUACCCCAGCUUUCA